ACGCCGUCGAACGCGCUGGUGGGGCUGCGGCUGAAGCUGCGCUGCACGCCCGGGGACAAGGAGCAGCGCUACGGCCCGGCCCGCGAGGUGGAGAGCAGCGGCCCCGUGGAGGCCGGGCCCGGCGCCUGCACCUUCGACGCCCGGCACCUCUACACCAAGAAGGUUUGCGGCUACGGCUCCGUCCGCGCCGUCUCCUACAACAUCCUGGCCGAUACCUACGCGCAGACGGAGUUCUCCCGCACUGUGCUCUACCCGUACUGCGCUCCCUACGCCCUGGAGAUCGACUACCGGCAGAACCUGCUCAAGAAGGAGCUGGCGGGCUACAGCGCCGACCUCAUCUGCUUGCAAGAGGUGGAUAAAUCUGUCUUCGUGGACAGCUUGGCCCCGGCGCUAGAUGCUUUUGGACUGGAGGGGCUGUUCAAGAUUAAGGAGAAGCAGCACGAAGGCCUGGCCACUUUCUAUCGCAGGGACAAGUUCAGUCUCCUCAGCCAGCAUGAUAUCGCUUUCAGCGAAGCCCUGCUCUCAGAGCCGCUGCACAAGGAGCUGUGUGAGCAGCUGGCCAAGUACCCCCUGGUGCAGGAGAAGGUGCUGCAGAGGUCAUCUGUGCUGCAGGUUUCAGUUCUUCAGUCUACAACUGAUCCUUCCAGGAAGCUUUGUGUAGCAAAUACCCACCUAUACUGGCACCCCAAAGGUGGGAACAUCCGUCUGAUCCAAAUUGCUGUGGCCAUGUCUCACAUCAAGCAUGUAGCAUGUGACUUGUAUCCCAGUAUCCCAGUCAUAUUCUGUGGAGAUUUUAAUAGCACACCCUCGUCAGGAACUUACAGUUUUAUCAGCAGUGGUGGCAUUGCUGAAGAUCAUGAAGACUGGGUCUCAAAUGGGGAGGAAGAAAGGUGCAGUAUGUCUUUAAGCCAUCCUUUCAAACUGCUAAGUGCUUGUGGAGAACCUGCUUAUACAAACUAUGUUGGUGGGUUUCAUGGAUGUCUGGACUACAUUUUCAUUGACAGAAAUGCUUUAGAGGUUGAACAAGUUAUUCCAUUGCCAAGUCAUGAAGAAGUAACAACCCAUCAGGCUUUGCCAAGUGUUUCACAUCCUUCUGAUCAUAUAGCACUAAUAUGUGACUUGAAGUGGAAAUAGAAUAUCCCUGGCAUGGUGCUUUUGGAGGUUUUCAAACAAGAAAUUUAAUGUACUGCUGGGGAACUGAGGUUAGACCCUGACUUGUAUGCUACUAAAAGGAAAGCCAAAAUGACUAAUGAAGGGUUCAUGUGUUUAAUGGUUUUACUGAAUAUUGUCACACUGUUCAGAAUAUUUGCAUGACAGUUUCCGCCCUUUUUUAUAUACUAAUGGGAAAAGAUAUAUUGAAGACAGAGUUUUGAAAAUUGGAUUGUCAUAUACCUUGUUAAUGGUGUUUUUAAAGAAUUAAGAAUUAUUUUGUUAAAAAAAUAGGAAUUUAAUCUGAUUUGUAGAGCAGCAUACAAAUUGAACCCUGCUUAAUUCAGAAAUAAAAACAGAACACAAACCCAAAUGGAUUUCAUUAAUUCCACUUUAAUUAAUGUAAUGGUAAUUUAAGUUCAUAGAUGAUGUUGUUCACUUACCGUUACUAUGGCACAACUUUCUAGUAAGUUGCAUGAACAAUGUUCUUGGACCUACCAACUCCUAAAAAGAUGUUCUUAAUAACAAGUGAAUAGACUGUCAGUAAUCAACUAUUUUAAAUUCAAGCCUGUAAUUUAUUUGGAAGCAAUUUGUCUGGCCAUAUAACAUAGGUAAUGAGGAUAAUGUUAACAUCUUGUGAAUCUGGACUACAUGAACAGCAUCUACUUUGAACAUACACUCCUUCUGGUUUGAGUCAUCAGCAAUAAAAGAUACUGGAGUUUAGGACAACCAGCUUUGGAUAGGAGGGAGCUUUUUAUCAAUAUCAUCUGUUUUCAGGUGGGGAGAGAUAAGAACAGUGUGGUGCAUUAGUUAUCUGUGCCUAAAUCUUUACAAAGAAACACAAGUGACUUGCAAACCUUUAUCACAAUUGUUGUAUUUUGUUCCUCUCUUGCAUACAAAGAUGGCCUGAAUUUUUAAAUGUUUUUACAUGCAUUUUUUCUUUCUAGAAAUUGUCUAGCUUGCCCUAUUUUGUAGGAUGUGGGGAAGUAUAUUUAAUCCAUCCCUUAACUGAAUGUGUUGGAGUGGGUUGAAUCAUUUAACAAGCUUCUUGCCCUGCAUCGUUAGUCCAUAAGAAACAAAAAGCAUUUAGAAACCGUUCACUAGAUCUUCCUCUUUCACCUAAUAAAACUCCCUUUCUCAGUUGUCUGC